AUGUUAUUAUUAUUUAAAAUUUUAAUAAUUAUUUUUUAUUUAAAUACAACAAAUUUAUUUGCAUUAAUUAAUAAAAGAACAAAAUGUGCUAUUGAAUGUUAUAAAAAAUGUUCAGAAUCAGGAACUCCCCAAUCUGUUUAUUGUAAUUGUCCUUUUACAGAAAAUGAUAAUUGUGAUGAUGAAAAUAUUAAUGAAGAAUUAUUUAAAGAAAAAACAAUUGAAAAUUUAAUUGAAUUUAAAAGUGGAUAUACAAAUAUUAGAAUUAUUUGGGUAAAUGUAAAUCCAAUUCCAAAUGCUUUUAUUUAUAUUUUUGAAAUUUCUUUUCAAAGUAUUUCCAUUCCUGUUUGGAUUUUUGCUGGCGCUUCUUCUUCUCCAAAAAUUAAUUUUUCAAUACCGGAUGCUUGUAGAGAUUACCAAUUUCGUUUAAUUACUGUUUUACGUUCAACAGAUCCUAAAACGAAUUUAAUUGUUUUUAGAGGGCAAAAAAUACGUGUUGAAUUUCCUCCUUUUGUUGUGGCUGAGGAAAAUAUUCAUUUGGAUCGUCCAAAACAGUCAAAUGAUGGACAAACUUUACAUUCUUCAGUAAGUUGGCAACAUCCAUCUGGUUACGAAGAUACAGAUAUUUAUGGUUAUUCUCCACCUACAGCUUACCCAAUUAGUUGUCAAACACCUGAAGAAAAAUUAAGUCAACCAAGAUUAGAAUUAAUACAGGGAGGGGCUCGUUUACAUUUUGCAUUGCCAAUUGAGGCUUUAAAUGAUAAAUGUAAAAUAUAUAUGGAAAUUAAAAUAUGUGUUAGAAUUAAACCAUUUGAUAUUCAAAUAUCAACAGAAAUUGAUUGCCAAAAAUUCCCUAAUUUACAAUAUUGCAAGAAAGAAAACGGCCCUCAAUGUACUGAAGUUGUUGAUUUGUGGGGAAGAAAUGAUGGAAGGGCUACAGUUGUUUGGCAAAAACCAAAUGCCGUCAAAAAUACUUAUCCAAAUUAUUAUAUUGUUAAUUGGGGGCCAACACAAAAUUCUGUAGAAAUUUUAUAUUUUUCUAAACAAAUUUAUUUUUUUUACAAAAAGGGUUCUUCUUCUUUCAAUCGAAAAAUAAUUAAUGGUCAACAUAUUAAAGUUCCCGGAAAUAUAACAAAAAUAGAAUUAACCCCUCAAUGGGGUAUUCAAUAUGGAUUACAAAUUUGUGCUUUUUAUGACGAAAAAGAAGAUAAUAAUAAUAAUUUACAAAUAAAUCCAUUUAAUAUUUCCCCAAUAAUUCCAUUUUAUUGUAAUCCCUGUGCUGCACCCGAAUUAAAAUCUAAUGAAAAUCCUAAUCAAGAAAGGUGUAUUGAAUGUACAAAAAUUGAACAAAGACAAAGCCCUUCCAAAAUAUUAAAUUCUCCAAAUUACUCUUCUUCUGUUGAUUGUGUAGGGCCAAUAUGUGCUUCUUCUAAUUAUACAUCUACACAUUUUAUUUCUUCUGGAAUUGUUUCAAUGGAUAUUUUUGGUUCUAAUAUUAAUUCUAAUUUUACUGAAAAAGAGAAGAAUGAAACAGAAAAUAUUAAAGAAAUAAAUGAAGAAGAAAAUGAGGAAGAUGAUAAACAAAAUUUUGAACAAAAUAAUUGGAAAGAAAAAGAAAAACAAUUAUUAAGACAAUUACAUUCAAAAACAUUACCAAGAAACCCAAUUUCUUUAAAUAAAGAAGAAAAUGAAGAAGAGGAAUUAUUGUUAAGUGAAAAUGUUGAAUUAUUUGUUGAAACAACAACAACAAACAUUAAAGAAGAAGAAGGAGAAACAACAACUACUACUACAACAACAACAAAUUCAGUUAAUAAGGAAAUAAAUAAAACAACUACAAAACAAAUAUUCGAACCAACAAAUAAAUUGGAAGAAAAAAUAAAUAAAAAUAAUUUAAUUGUUGAUAAUAAUGUUACAAUAAAUACUAAUGUUGAUUUGAUAAAAGAAGAUAAUAAUGAAAUAAAAAUAAAUAAAGAUAAAUUAGCAACAAAUAAAAAUAUAUCUACUAUAAAUAAUAAUAAUACAAACUUAAAUUUGGCAAAUAAUUCUUCAUUUCUACCUGAAAAUUUAAAAAUAAAAAUACCAAAAAUAACAACAAAAUCAGUAUAUUAUUCCUCUACAGAAAAAACAAAAGAAAGUACAACAGAAUUAUUAAAAGAAAUAAAUAAAGAAGGAAGAGGUGGGGGAGGAGGGGGAAGUUCUCGUUCACCUUUAGAUCCAAAAAAAUUAAUUUUGGCUGGGCCUAUUUUCUUUUUUCUUGGAUUGGUUUGUAAAUUAAUUUUAAUUUUAAAUUAA